CGGCUGCCGGACAAUCCCCACUAACAAGUCCAGGGGCGACGAGACGAGCAGAUGGAGAGACUCGACAACCUGUUGACAACACCAUGACAUAGACCUACAGCUCCCAAGAUAAGCCCAUUCACUUUUUUUUGAUUUACGUUUAUUAUAAGUGCGCUGUCUGUGUACGCCGCCCCUCUGGGAGGAGGAACGUGUCGGUCCUGACAAGUUAAGUUUUCAAAGCUUCUUACCGCGAAAGUGAAACAGCGGUGUGUGACAUGUUGUUUUCCCACACGAGUUCUGCAGCAGCCUACUGUACCGGACACACUUGGAAGGAUUCAAACUCGGAAAUAAAAAAAGAAACGAAUGGAGAAGAUGACACAUGCGAAGUUGUUCUCGAAGCCCGCUCUUGCCAACGCUCGUUGGGUUCAAUGGAAAAGUGAAGUUUGGACGCUUCGCCACAAUACGGAGAGCAGCAGGUGACGCAGACCCGUGCAGCGGCAGAAGCAGCCCCGCUGAAAGACUCCGGGCUGUACCGUCACCAGCGGUUUCACAAAAGGGACCAGUGAAAUGGUUUCGAGUUGUCAUACAAACUGGAAAGACAUAACUUAAAGGGGACCUUUUUUUUUUUUUUGGUCUUUGAUUCUUCAACGACAACAAACCAACAUGCAACUGUUGAGUUUACUGUGUGUCAUGGUUGCGUUUUGGAAGUCGUGCUUGACCAACAGGAGCUGUCCGGAUCUGAUCAUUGACAGCUGUCACUGCCCCGCUGAGAGGUCAAAGCAAUUAAGCAGACUUCCGGUUCGCAUCAAAGUGGUGUGUGAUGAUGUGGAGUUAAUGGAUACAUUACAGCCCAGCUUUCUACCGAACCAAACUGUCGCCCUGAUCCUGAGCAACAACAAGAUCUCCCUCCUGAGGAACGGCUCCUUCUACGGACUGGCUGCCCUGGAGAAGCUGGACUUGAGGAAUAAUUUGAUAAGCACAGUGGAGCCGGGGGCUUUCCGAGGUCUAGUGGCUUUGAAGAAACUGGACCUCUCCAACAACAGGAUCGGCUGCCUCUCCGCCGAGAUGUUCCUAGACCUGGGAGCCCUCUCCAAACUGAAUCUAUCUGGAAAUAUUUUUUCCACGCUGACCGUGGGGCUGUUCUCUCACCUGGCUGCUCUCAAAGUGCUGUAAGGCAAACACACUCAAUACCUGGCUUCCACCGGAGAUCAGAUUGGAUUUGUUCAUCAAA